AUGGGAGACACUCAAUCCACAAUUAAGACAUUGAGAGAAUUAAAUUCUGAUCUCGUUCGCCAGAUCACUGAACUUAGAAAGAAGUUUGCUGAGGUCGAGGCUGAGAAUAUCGAGGUUAAAGCUGAGAAUGCAAAGUUAAGACAGGAUAUGGAAGAGUAUGAGAUUAGAUUCGCGAAACUAGAGCAGAAUGAUAAAGAAAAAACUGACCUUAUUGCUAAACUAGAUGAUAUCAAGGAAAUCAAGGAGCAGAGUUUGCAAGACAAGGGUACGGAGUGUCAUCGAACUGUUACUAAUAUUUCAUCGCAUAUCGAUGUGAGCCAGCUAAAGGUCGAGAACCAACCUAAUGAGGAGGAAGCUAUUACUCUCAAUCCUAUGCCCGAAAUAGAACAUAGCUCAAUCCAAUCCGAGGAAUCAAAGAUUCGAGGCUUAUUGUGGAACAAUGGCACUUACGUGCCUGCCUCAUCACGAAUAACCUUUCCGUCCAUCGAAAACCACUCCGAUAAAGAAACUUCAAUACAUUAUGAAACAAAUGAUUCUGAUAUAUACCAGAAGUCAGAGACUCGAUGCUCCGCAUCACCUAUUUGCACGGAGCCUGUUGCAGAGCAACGCCAUUACUAUGGCAAAUCAUUGGAAGAUAUAGAGAUCGAUGAAUUCCUGUAUUCAAAGGAUAAGAAAAGGGUUAGUAAUAUGAUGAGAGAGAGGAAUCGGGAAAAAAAACUUCAGUGCGAAUCACCUAGCCAGGAGGCACACUCGAUUUCCCAGAAUACUGCGUCUAUUACUUCCCGUGAGCGGAAAAACGAACAGGGCUUGAUUCGAGAGAUGAUUUUAUCUGAAGAAGAAAAGCAUGUGACUGAAAUUUCGCUGACCCAAAAUUCGAAUCAGGUCAGCGAAAAUCAUGUAAGUGAUAUAACUAUACUUUCUGUAUCAAGAAGUAAAACUUUACUAAAUUUGGCCACCUUAUAUCGGAAAGCUUGUGAUGCGGAAAAACAAGCAAUAAAGGCCAAUCAAGAUGAAAUUUUAUGCUGGUACCAUUACGUUAUUGAGUUCGAUAAUCAAGUUAAAGACAUUAUGAAAAAUGAGCAGAAGCAAACAGAAAGAGCUAGAAAAAUUUACAGCCUAUUCGAAAAAAUAGAUCACUUUACCAAAAAGCCUGAUAUAGAAUAUACCGAUGAACAUGACAAUUCUUCAGAUGAUCAAGAUGAGUCAAAGACCCGAAGCUCUGCUUCCUCGGAAUUACCAGAAGCUUCGGUAAAUGCAUCUACUGGAACCGAGGUAAGUGAAGUAAGUGAUACAAAUGCCAAUGAUAACAAACCACAAUCUUUAAUUACUGCUUUAUCCGACGAUGAGCCAGAAAAUUUCUCCGAUGACGAUGAAUUCACCAAUGAUAACGAAGAAGAUGGGAGUUUCUGUGGUUUUUCUGAUGACGAUGAUGAAGAUACAGAAUUCCUUGCUUCGCAGACAAUAGACAUUUAUACCGAUGUAUCCGGCAUCUGUGUGCCCGCCUUCUCGCGAUUCUCACUCGAAGCCAGAUAUACUACAGAUAACUAG